UUGAGUGUUGAUAUUCUUUGUAAAUUUAGUUUAUCUGUUUGAUUCUCAUUUUUGUAUUUUUGUUUUUGAUGUUUUUAUUUAUUCAUGUAUUUUUUUCCUUUUUGAAAGAGAAAGAGCAUGUAGUUGGAUGGGUAAAGAAUUGGUGGGAAUCUGGGAGGAGUUGGGGGAGAGCAAAGAAUAUGAUUAAAAUAUAUUGUGUGGCCCAUUGGCUGAUCUGAAAAGCCAUCUUUGCAUCGUUCUUGGGUCACUUGAGCCAUCUUUGCAGCAGACUUCUGCAGCUUUCUCACCAGAGUCCUUGAACUGGAUUUCUUUCUCACUUGCUGCAUCGCACCAACGGGCAUGCCUCACUCACCAUGUCAGUCCCAGCAGUAGACACCAGCUCCAAGAUCACCACCAAAGACUUGAAGGAGAAGAAAGUUGUGAAGGAGGCAGAGAAUGGAAAAGAAGCAGUUGCCAAUGGGAAUGCUAAUGAGGAAAAUGAGGAGCAGGGGGCUGAUAGUGAGGUUGCUGUAAAAAAAAAGGAAGACUGUGGGGAAGAGGAGGAGGAGGAGGAGGAAGAAAGUGAUGAUGAGGAAGAGGAUGAAAAUGAAGAUGCGGAAUCUGAGGCUCCUAGGGGCAAGCAGGUAGCCAAAGAUGAUGAGGAUGAUGAUGUUGACACCAAGAAGCAGAAGACUGAUGAGGAUGACUAGACAGCAAAAGGAAAAGCUAACCUUAUACACCUUGACCUAUUCACCCUUCUCUUCCCCUCUCAGAAUUUAAAUGUGGAGAAGCAGGCCCCACCCAUGCACAUUGGGCAGUGCCACCCACAAAUGACAUGCACUUUCUACCACCCCACCAAAAUCAUACCAUGAAUUUGCAACAGGGGAAGAAAAAAAGAACCAAAACUUCCCAGAUUCUGCUUUUUUUCUUAAAUAUAUUU